AUGAAUAAGAGAUUGAGCAAGAUUGAUGGAAGUGAAGCUGCAAAUGAAGGAGAAUAUAGGCAGAUUGUGGGAAGCUUGCUCUAUUUGAUUGCAACUAGACCUAAUGUGAUGUUUGCAGCAAAUCUAUUGGCAAGGUUCAUGUAUAAUCCUACUAAGAAACACAUGAGGACAACAAAGAGGAUGCUAAGAUACAUUCAGGGAACAAUUGAUUUUGGAAUUGUUUCUGAAAAAAGGAAGACAACUACUCUAAUUGGUUACUGUGAUAGUAACUGGGCAGGAAGUGAGGAUGAUAUGAGGAGCACUUCAGGGUUUGCAUUUACACUAGGAUACGGUGUAUUCUCAUGGGCAUCGAUCAAACAAAGCACAGUGGCAUUGUCCACAACCAAAGCAGAAUAUGUUAGUGCUGCAGAAGCUACUUCUCAAGCAAAAUGGCUAAGGUUUGUAAUUGAGGAUUUUGGAUAA